UUCACCGGUUUAAUUUGUUCUGGUUCGAUUUUUGCUCACCCUGCCUUCCACAGCGGCGCUGCUCCCGCCGUUGGCUCGGGGAAGAAAGGCAGGAGAUGAGAUGAGGUUAAUGUUUGCUCCUCCGCCCGGGAGGUAUUCGUACGUAUCUCGAUCCAACCCCGCUCAUGUGUUUGUUUGUAUUCCCCUUCGACGAGGGUCCCCUAUUGUUCCCGCUUGGGCUGCGGCCAAGGGUGCCUCCGGGUUUAUGAUGCAGCGGUCGGGCACUCCGUGGCGUCCCUCAGUGCAUGAUUUUGUUAGGACCCUCCAACCAAAACGAAUAACCAGCAGCAUUAGACCACCCCUAGCUGCAAUGACACAUGCAUGCCUUGCCCAUUCUGGAUUUCUACCGGCAAGAAAGAACUUCGAAGGUUACAUUGCUCGAACCUGCACCGCACCAUCAUCACAGGUAUCCCAACCAUUAUCCCCAAUGAUCCUCUCCACUCCCUCAUCCCUGGUCGUGUCAGCCCAUCUCACCUCUACUGAUGCACCCCAACGGUCAGAAGAGUGGUUUGCCCUGCGCAAGGACAAGCUAACCACAAGUACCUUCAGCACUGCCUUGGGCUUCUGGAAGGGCAAUCGUCGGUCUGUUCUAUGGUAUGAGAAAGUGUUUGCACCAGAGGCCAUCUGUCUUGAGGUGGCAGCCAAGGCUGCAAUGAACUGGGGUGUGCUUCAGGAGCCUGCAGCCAUUGAGCAGUACAAGAGCAUCACCGGCCGAGACGUGGGUUUAUUGGGCUUUGCAAUCCAUGCAGAUGCCAGCUAUGGGUGGCUUGGUGCCUCACCUGAUGGCCUCCUUGGAUGCCAUCCUGAUGGUGGGAUUCUUGAGGUAAAAUGCCCCUAUAACAAGGGGAAACCUGAGCUUGGGCUGCCAUGGCAAGCCAUGCCAUACUACUACAUGCCCCAAGUGCAAGGCCAGAUGGAGAUCAUGGACAGAGACUGGGUUGAUCUCUAUUGCUGGACUCCCAAUGGGAGCAGCCUAUUUCGGGUGUUUCGUGACCGUGCCUAUUGGGAGCUGAUGCAUGGAGUUCUUCGUGAUUUUUGGUGGGGGAGUGUGGUCCCAGCAAGGGAGGCAUUGUUGAUGGGCAGGGAAGCAGAUGCCAAAGCCUAUGAACCAAAACAAAAGCAUGAGCUGACAGGUUUGAUGAUUGGCAGGAGUAGGAAAUUGGCUGCAGAGGCAAGGUUGUUGUGCAGGGAUAUUGGUGGUCAUGUAGAGUUCUUCAGGUGAUGUUGGUGUUGCAAUGGAGGAUACAUCAUGGAUUUGGGUCUGGAAGCUAAGCAGCCAUGUAGUUGGUCAUGAAAAUUUGAUCAAUCCUUUCAUGGAGGUUCCUUGACUAAUCAUGUCUUAUAACCAGCUCCAUUUUAUGAUGUGUUAAGCACCGAUGUCUUUGUUCUUUUAAUUGUAAUUGUUAUCAUACUGGUAAAAUGAUAUUGGUAGAUGUUAAUUCGUUAUCUCAAUUGUCUCUUCUCAGGAAAAUUGAAAACAGAAACGCAGAGGACAUGGAAAUCUUGUGAUUAGAUUUCUGUUGGAUUUUCAGAUUGAACAAGGAAGGAAAUUUUUAAA